AUGGCCAACAGCUCUGCUGCUACCACCCCUAGGGGUGAAGGUACUCCUACCUCUCUCUCGCUCUCGGUUGACACCAGAAAUCUCAAGUUCAGGGACAUGCAGGAAACUUUGGACUACUUCGUGCAGCUUCAGGAGGAGGAUCCUGACUUCUAUUACAAGACAUUCCAGUUGGGUUGUGCCUUCAUCAGGGAUGAAAAGACACCUAGCUACGUAUGGCUGUUUGAAACAUUCCUGGAGGCAAUGAAAGGCAAGGCCCCUCUGAACAUUAUCACAGAUCAAGAUGGAGCUAUGAGAAGUGCGAUUGCUCAAGCAAUGCCCAAUACAAAUCACCGUAAUUGCCGUUGGCACAUAAUGGACAAUUUUUCAGGUACAAUAGGUCCGGUCCUUGAGAAGGAUGAGAAAUUGGAAGAUGAUUUCAAGGAGUGUGUCAACCACACGGUGACUCCUGCUGAAUUUGAAGCGGAAUGGGCAGCUAUGAUAAGCAAAUAUGGCUUGCAUGAGAAUGAGCAUUUUCAGCGCCUCUAUGCGAUCAGAAGCAGCUUUGUGCCAGCAUACUUUAUGCAUUGCUUCUGCCCGUUCUUGCAAUCAACCCAACGCAGUGAGGGGUUCAAUGCGGUGUUGAAAAAGUAUGUUAACCCUAACAUGUCGAUUCUGAAUUUCGUUAGGCAAUACCAAAAGAUCCAGAAGAAGUGCCUGGUUGCUCAAGAUGGGCAGGACUUUAGGACUGAUGACAGGGAAAGAAGAAGAUGGUCAAAAUACCCUAUUGAGAGACAUGCACGUGCUGGCUACACCAAAAACCUAUUCUACAGGUUUUCCAAGGAGUUUGAAAAAACUGCAGAGUACGAUGUGAACCCUGAAGGUUCGUUGCAUUAUUUGCUGGUGCCUAACAACUUUCGUGUGUACGGAUAUGGCAAGAGAUCAUACUUAGGGACAGCAAUUGAGGAGGAGGAGAAUUUCUACUACGAAUGCAGCAAGUUUGACAGGGAUGGGAUGCUAUGUUGCCAUGUUAUGAAGGUAUUGACAAUAUUAGGUGUGAAGCAAAUUCCUGAUCGCUACAUACUGAAAAGGUGGACACAAAAAGCAGUUGAAAACACUGAGAAAUCAUUUGGAGGGGCGAGUGCGCAGCCUGAUUUUAUUGCCCGUGGUAUGCCGUUGACCAGCAAGAAAACGUUGUGGUUCACCAACCUGUCUACAGCGUUUGCGGAGUUGGCAGCUGAGGAUUGUGUUUCAAAAGAAAGGUAUACUCUUAUGCAGAAUCACAUAGCUGCGAUGCGCUCUGAAGUUGAUGAAACUAAGAGAAGAAAGAAGAACAGCAGGCAACACAGAACCAACAUUGCAGCAUCUGUCCCUGCUGUUGUCUCAGCUACUGAUGGUGCUGCAGGGUCUUCUGCAAUGUUAUUGUCUACUACCAGUGCACCUACCACAGGUAACAUGGCAGUACCUGUAGGGAACCCGCCGAGAUCCAAGGUAAAGGGGCGCAAGAAGGAGAGAAGGCUAAAAAAAGGAAUGAAUGUAGAACCUAAGAGGAAGAACAAGUGCAGGCUUUGCAGGUCAACAGACCACAACGCUGCAAGGUGCCCAAAGAAAGCAGAGGGAGAGCCGGAGAGGGGCUUGACUUAG